AUGAAUCCAGGACAUAUGGUCAACGUUACUAAUUUUAUCAUUGUGGGAAUUUCCAGUGUUCCGGAGUUACAGCUCCCAAUUUUCCUUCUGGCCCUUGUCAUCUAUCUUCUCACUCUUAGUGGGAACAUGAUCAUUCUUCUACUGGUCUGUCUGGAUUGUCACCUCCAUACACCCAUGUACUUCUUCUUGGCCAAUUUAUCUAUUUUGGACAUGUCUUCUUCUACAAUCACUUUACACAUGGUGCUUAUUGGCUUCAUAUCUGGAAGUAUAAUGGUAUCGUAUGGUGGCUGUAUACUACAGAUGUAUCUUUGGGCAUCGUUGAUAGGACUUGAGCUGUUAAUAUUGUCAGCCAUGAGUUAUGACAGAUAUGUUGCCAUAUGUAAGCCACUGCAAUAUAACAUGAUGAUGAGUUAUAAGUUAUGUGGUCUUUUGGCUUCAGUCUGCUGGGUUUCAGCCUUUCUUCAGAGUCUACCUCAUACCAUGGUCAUCAUCAACUUCUCCUGCUAUGAGUCUAUUGAAAUCAACCACUUCUUUUGUGAUAUUCUGCCUUUGAAAUAUAUCACCUGUAGCGACACAUCACUUUUGGAUCAUCUGAUCUUUGCCAGUGUCCUCUUUCAUCUAUUUUUCUCUUUUCCUUUGACUUUUACGCCUUACGUUUUCAUUAUUGCCACCAUACUGAGAAUACCUUCCACCAUCGGUAGACGUAAAGCCUUCCACACGUGCUCCUCACACCUGACAGUAGUCAUUCUUCUCUACGUGGUUCUUCUCUGUCAGUACCUGAAGCCUGGACAGAAGAAUAACUUGGACUCCAGUAAACUUUUCUCAUUGUUCAACACGGCUGCAGUCCCAAUGCUUAACCCUUUAAUAUACAGUUUGAAAAACAGAGAUGUAAAGCUGGCUAUUCAACGGGAACUAAAAAGAUUCAAAGGUGGAUAUUGA